GUCAUCAAACAAAAUCUUCGCUUCUGGGGAACUGAAAAUCCACAAGUGACCCACGAAGAGCCAUUACAUCCACUCAGUCACUGUGUGGUGCGCUGUUCAUGCCGGCGGCGUCAUCGGGCCGUAUUUUUUCGAGGACAUUUUGGGCAACACGGUGACUGUGACUGGUGAGCGCUACCGAGAGAUGUUGAAUGAGUUUUUAUUGCCGGAAUUGGACGAGCAGGAUCUGGAAGACAUGUGGUUUCAACAAGACGGUGCCACCACACACACAGCCCGAGCGACGAUGGACAUUCUGAAGGAGACAUUUCCGGGCUGCCUCAUAUCGCGUUUCGGCGAUAUGCACUGGCCUGCAAGAUCGCCCGAUUUGACUGUUCCUGACUUUUUUGUUUGGGGUUUUUUGAAGUCGCGGGUCUAUGCGAGCAAGCCACAGACUCUGGCAGCCCUUAAAGAGAACAUCCGACAUGAGCGGCCAACAUAUCGCCUGACGUUCUCAAAAAAGCCAUGGAAAAUGCUAUAAAAAGGGCCCAAAUGGUAAUCAACAAUGGCGGCGGUCACUUGACCGAUAUCAUUUUCAAAUCUUGAUGUAAUAAAACUCAAAAGACCAAAUAAUGUUUUAAAGAAUAUCGCAUCGAAAUAUUUCGUUUCAUUUACAAAUUAUAGCCAAACAACAUCGGAUGAUUACUUUUGGCCCACCUUGUACCAUCAGUUAGGAAACAGCGUGAACUUAUUUAAGGUCCUAAUACUUUGCGUGAGACGCAACGCGAGAUACGCGACAGCAGCGCCAAUGCCACGUUGCGGCAGAAAAGUGAAA